AUGUCGAUCUAUCGCGAGAAGGAAUGCUUUGCCUUCUUCAAGCAGGCUGAUGGCGUUAUGGCCACUGCGACCCCAGGGGCCCCAGGAAAGCUAAUUCCGAUCAAUAUUGUGCACACCGUUCGCAUCUUUCAUGGCAACCCAUUGCUACGUGCGCUAUCUGCCACCAAGGAAAUUCAAGAGGUUUCAUUCAAAACCCUCGUAACAGUCUCCCAGGAGCAGAAUGAGAAUAUCGUGGCGUACAACAACGCCAUCAUGGAUUGCUACCACCAGAUCUUGCAGCGGAGGAUGUUCCAGAAGCAGGUUACCGAAGCCAGCUCUCAGCUGAUGAAAGAGAACCGCGGUCUCCCGUCCAUUCUGGGCUUCUGCCAGAGAUUUCGGGACUAG